AUCAAAUAAUUAUAUAAUAUAUAUUUGAAAUGAUAAAAAUUGGACUAAUUGGGUUGGUCGAGAUUGAACCAUUGAAUAACUUUAAACUACAUUAUAUUUUAGCCACUAAAAUAUAAAAUAAUAUAAUAAUAUAUAUUAUGCUAGAGAAAAUAGCUUGUUUUAGAAUGUCAAACCAAUGAUGUUCAUUUGUUUUACUUGAUGGCCAAAUCCGGUGUAGGUCAGGCCCAUUCAACUCUUUUAUUUUAUGGUUAGCGGUUAGCCCUUUAGAUACCAUGCAUUAAUUUAUUGUUAAAUUUUUUUUAUUUUUAGCAUAAAAAGAAGUAUUGUUUUUGCCUUUUCAUAUAUAUUUUAUCACCACGGAGAAAUACAAGGGCUUAAAGAAAAAAAUUGACACUCCUGAACCCGUUUAAAUCCGCAUGUGUACGGUAAGUUGGCCCGUUCCACAGAGGAAAGAGAAAAAAAUUAACACUACCUAUUCUACCCUUCCUACAAACGCUCAUGGAGCAGAGAAUUUGAAAUGGGGGGAAGGGGUUUUUCCUCCCUGCUAUUAUAUGUUUUUGAUUUAAAAGGAUACAACAAAUGUACUUAGUGUGAUUGGUUAUGUUCCUUGCUUUUCUUUAAAAGUUUUUGAUUUAAAAAGAUACAACAAAUGUACUUAGUGUGAUUGGUUAUGUUCCUUGCUUUUCUUUAAAAUGGACAUGGUUCAAAUCUCAGUAUGUGUCUUUUUAAUGAAUAAAAAAAAGUAAUUGUGAAGACCAAAAUGUCCUUCCUACUUUCACUCUCGUUGCAGGAAAUUUGAAAUGGGGCUCCCGUUUUUCCCUUCGGUGUAUUAUAUUAUGUGUAGAUGGUUUAACUUUUAACUAUAUAUGGAUCUUAUUUUGCUUUCUUAUACGCGUCCUAUAUGCAUGAACAAGAGUUUAACUAACGAGCUUUGAAGGAAGUGUGCACACAUCCGUUAUGCACCAUACAUGUUCGCAAAUCGACAUUUAAUACUUGGGUUCACCGUGUUUCAAAACGAAUAACUUUCAACUAUAGUCUAUAUAUCAAAAGCUAAGUCAACACAACCCGGUUUCUUUAGAGAUGCUCACGUAUAUAUAAUUGACUUUACAUACUUGCAUUGCAAUUGCUUCAUCUUCAUUCAUAUAUGGUGACCAUCUUGAUUGGAAUAUGAUGCUAUAUAUAUUGUUGUAAUGGUCUCUAACUUGAAUCUCACUCAAGGACCACAAAAGGCUAGCUACCUAGCAUUCAUAAUCAAACACAAGUAGUGGCCUUUGCAUGAAAAGCUUUUGUAUUCUUUUCUCCCUCUCGUAACCACUCCAUUCUUGAUCGUUGUUUUCAUCUCUGUUCAUUUUUGUAUAGCAGAUCCUGUAGCUCAACUUCCAGGUCCCUUUUCUUCGAUCUCCAAUCUGGGGUUUUCCUUCGAGUCUUCAGCUCCUUAAUUUCUCUACUGAUCUGGGCGAUUCUUUUCGGAAUCAAACACAAGUAGUGACACCCAUAUGUGGUUAUGUUUUCAUCUUUUUAAUUUCCUCCUGUAUAAGGCAAGGCAGUGGCAAAUGGGCUACCCAUUAAUGAUGUUUGAAACAUCACAAAAAGAGGAAAAUGGAUCCUUCCAUUUCCACAUUCUUCUUUCUUCUAUAUGUACAUUAUAGCUUGGACCCAUAUUGGAGGUGUAUGGCUACCCUUAUUCCCCCUUGCCUAUGAUUACAUCUCAACUUUUGCAUCUAAAUGUAAUUCCAACCAAGUAAAACAACCCCAAAAACGACAUAACCAAGAAAAAGGUGGCAACCCUAAAUCAUACACAAGAACAAACUUUAGUUAACAUUCCCCACUUUUGUUGGAUUGAUUAGAAGUUCCAAAUGCCCUUCUAAGCAUGAUUACCACAUCAUCGCCAUAAGUUUCAGUAAUAAAAAGUUGAAAGUUUGAACUAAUUAUUGUCAGUAUUGAGAUCAUGAUCUGCUCUCCUUUUUGUCUUGGUGAUAAUUAUGCUAUUGACGAGCCACAAAAUCAAUUUCCUUGACCUUAUUCUUCCCUACCCUAGCUAGAAGUUUAUUGUGAAUGCUAAUUUACCUAAUCCUUCAUCCUUCCUCUUUGUUUAAGGUUAUAUGAAACUCUAGCUGACUAGCUGUACAGCAAGCUUGGGGCAUCAACAAUGAAUUUCAACGAUGCAAGUAGAAGCCACCAAUAUGAUUUGUUGAAUGUUUAGUACACAUGGUGAUUCAAAUUAUAAACAUAGUGAGAGGUUACUUAGACAAUGUAAACAUAGUGAAAAGCUAGGAAAUGAUCAGAGAGUGAUGAAGAAAGAAUUUAAAUUCAAUAUGAAUGGAGACUUUUUUUAGAGCAUAAACUUUGGCGAUCCAACUAACUCUAAGGUUGAAGUAUUUCGAGGAUAUAGAUCACCAUAAUGAGAUAUUGUUUGAGAGAUAAUGUUCAUUAUAUUGAGAAUUCAGACCCAUCACUUUCAAAAUCAUCAAAACGAAAAUUUUCAAUAAAAUAUGUAUUGAUUCGAAUUAGACAAAUAAAAACGAUAAAUAACAAAGAGGAAUUAAAGUAUGUAAUUUCCCCCUAGGUUUGAUCACAUAAGAAAGAUGAAAUAACAGAGAGCCAUGACUCAUGUUGGCGUGGGUGUUGGGUUAUGAUUAAACAAAUGAAACUAGAAAAAGCUUUAGCAUGUGGAUGUUGGAAAAACCAUGGUAGCCUUUUUGAGGGAGUGGUUGGGUCACAACUCACAAGUCAUAAAAGAGGUUGAACAUAUACAAAGAGGUGUUUAAAAAAAGAACAAUAUAUAGAAGAUUAUGAUAUCUGUACUUAAAGGCCAAAGUAGCAUUAACUAUUAAUACUAAUCUCUUCCUCCCACAUGUCUUUUUCUUGAUCCUACUUGCAAUUCCAUUUUCACGGUUCCAUGAUAAUACUCUUCUUAUACUCACUGAAAUACCCAACAAGGAAGCCAGCUUCUAAGUGUUUGUUUCUGCUCAUGUUUGAUUGCGUGGGUUCAGAGAGUUUCAUUUUCAUAGUUCUAAUGAUUUUACGUGAUUUGGUUUGAACUAAAUUAAUUUUGUGAUCAAAUUUGAUCGUGCUUGAGAGCUACAUAGUUCUAAUGACCUUAUCUGACUUGAUUUGGUAAGUGGAGUGGUGGGUUGCUGGUUGGACAAAGAAUCAUCUCCCUCAUGAUUCAACUUUCGAGUACAGAGUAGCAAUCAUACCCACAAUGGCACCACCCAUUUUCUUCUUCUUUCUUUUUUAUUGUACAGUAUUAAGUACUAGUAGUAGAUAUAAGGAAUCAAGGAAUUAAUAUGAUGACUAGAGAACAUGAUGUUUUGUUUGAUAAUUAUUAGCCUUCUCAACUUUACAAAGAUGGGAAUUUGUUGAUACAUUUAUGAUUAUCACAAAAAGUACAGAUAAUUGGGUAGUAAGCUCUUCGAAUUUAACGAGUAAUUUCGGUUCAAAUUUCAGAAGCAUUGUUAUCUCUGGUAAGUGAAACUUUAUCCUUGACCGAUGACAAUCUCGACUUAUGCGCACUUGCUUGAUUGAGUUAACGAUUUGAUUUGUCUGUCACAUAGGUGUGGCUUGAGAUAUUGUGUAUCUCCUUCAUUUACAACCAUGGUUGUCACGCCGGCUUCUUGACAGCCGGUUCAAUCGGGUAUAAACUGUACCGGCCAUCAAAUCAAUUGAAAGAGGGUGAUAUUCGAUCUUGGUCAAAUUCAGGAAUACAUGCCGAUUAAACCAGAAAUUAGAUUUCGGUAUGUUCACAGAUGUCCUCAAAAAAUGAACACUCAUCAUGAGAUUUGAACCAUGUACAUCAUGUUUACUAGUUUCAACUUUACACGCAACAUGCUACAAUAAACUUUAAUAUACGUAUUAACCUUAUAUAUUAUAUGAUUGAUGUUAUAUUUUACAUAAAUCAUUGUAAAUAUUAACAAAAUUCAUUCUAUAUACUUUAUUUUACGUAUCUAAUUGUUUAUUAUCAGUUACCAAUUUCUAACUAUAAAUUAUUUUGCGUAAAUUAACUAUUUUAAUUGCUUCUUCCUAACUAAUUUACUUGGAUUGAUGAUUUCCAUCAUGUAUUUUAUUAAAACUGAAAUAACAUGCAUAAGCAUUGGUUGUAGCACGGUUGAACCAUUUCACUUGCAAAACCAGUAUACUAACGUAAACUAGUUUGACAACCUUGCUUGCAACACCUAUCUUGUUAUUUUCUUAAACUUUCGCCCUACCUAACUCGCAACCUCCGAUAAACCGUAAAACAAUAUAAUACUUGAGAUACUAAAUUCACCUGUAAUAUCGUUCUUGUAAUCCAUUAUUGCAAUAUUAAGAAAUUCGGUGUUAAAAUGAAAUGAGUUAUCUCUGUAGGAAAUAAAGUACAUGCAACAUUUCGUCACUACCACUUGUAUGGCCUAUUAAAUUCAAAAUUCCAGAUUAGAGUAAGCUCUCGAAAUAAAGUACAUGCAACAUUUCGUCACUACCACUUGUAUGGCCUAUCAAAUUCAAAAUUCCAGAUUAGAGUAAGCUCUCAUUUUUCUUUAGUGUGACUCUAGAAAAAGUUUCUCAUUUGUGUUGGCUAUUCUGGGAAAUCAACAGGGGCAGACCUAGGUUGGGCAAUGCCUUGUCAAUUGACAAAGCUUGAUCCAAUUUUGUGACAAAAUUCCUUUUGUAAAUUUUAUUUAGUGAUGAUAGUAUUUGAAUUCAACACUAUUUGACAACCCUUAAUAAUUUUGUUUUAUCGACAUAAUUCAUGUGUCCACUACUGAAAAUUCAUGGGCAGUUUGGUAAAACAAGUAAACAACACACACCCACAUAGGUCAUAGGGUAGGAAACCACAACUUGGAAGUUGGAACUCUCUCUCCAUCUCUACUUCCUCUAUCUCUUUUCUCUACACUCGAGAGAUUCACAUGCCAACAUUCCUCUCCUCUCCACUCCAUUCGACUCACAGACAAAAGAAACAAACAAACAAACAAAAGCUUCAUUGGAUUACAGACCUUCUCUUCUCUUGUUCACCUCCUUUAUAUACAAUCAAACAAUCCUGUGAACCCAUUUCUUGAUAAACCCAAUACAGCCGUUGGAUUGUUGUUCUAGUUAUCCCUUGCGGCUUCUCAAGCUUCUACAUGCUCCAACCCAAUAGUACUCUGUUUCUCCUUUCAUGGCCUCCGCCGUCCUUUCUUCUACCCAUCAAAUCUUCGAUGACCACCACCACAGCAGCAGCAACGGCGGUGGAGGAGGAGGGGAAAUCAACAGACAGGAAGUCCAAGCCGCCAUUGCUAAAGCAGUGGAGCUUCGAGCUCUUCAUGCCGCUUUGACUCAAGGAACUACUACUUCUACUAGCAGCCCUUCUGCUGCUGCAAAUCUCAGAUACCUUCCUCCUUCUUCCCCUGCUUCUUCCCGCCCUCUUCCUCAGUUCUCAGCUCAAGAUUAUCCCAUCUUCACUCCGAGCUACGAGGAUGAGCCAUUUCCAGGGAGUCAGUACUCAAUGCCGGCCAAGUCAAGGACAGCAUCAGAAAGCUGGGACGAAUGCGGCGUAGAAGGAGGUGGAGGGACAAUGAGCUACGAGACCGUUUUGUCGGAUUUCAAGAAGGAGAAAGGGAUCCACUCCGCCGACGAUCAGAAAUCCGUCACCGGGCCCUGCAGGAACAACAUCACAGUUCUCCAUAGUUCCCCCGGCGGCGGAGUAACAACAACGACGACAGCAGCAGAGCUCUACAAAUCGAGCAGAGGACUAAACUUUGCAGACUUCAAAUCGUCAUCCUCCCGCAACAACCGUUCCCGCGCAAUGGCAGACUUCGAAGCUCAGAAUCGAAAGAGCAAGAUUCAUUCCAACAUCGUAGUUCCAUUGACUGAUUCCCACGCUUCCGUCCAGUCUCAGCCGAGGAGCAAAGGAAUGAUGUCGUGGCUGUUUCCGAGGCUGAGGAAGAAGCCCACGAAGAACGUAGCUACCACUUCGCCGGUGAGAACAGAGUCCGAGGAGGCCUCGCAGGCAUUCGGGGAACUGGGUUUCCUGUCGAUCGAGAAUCUGAGGAGGGAGCUGAGGGAAUCGAAUGAAACUAGGGACGCAGCAUUGACAGAAGUUGCGGAGACGAGAGCUUCGUUAGGCCCAUUGAGGCAAAAGAUCGAACACCUGGAGGGCUACUGCGAGGAGCUGAAGAAGGCUCUGAAAUCCGCCACGAGAUCCAAAGGGCGAGCCAAAUCAAUCGAUGGGUACUCACAAAACAACAACUCGAAUCAUCAUCCAUCCAUUCUCCCAGUGACCGACGAAGCAAUGGUGGAAGGGUUCCUCCAAAUGGUGGCCGAAUCCAGACUCUCAGUCAAACAAUUCUGCAAAGCCCUAAUCUCCCAAAUCGAAGACGCGGCCGAUUCCCCACUCAUCGAAACCCUGCUCUCCGUGCAUUCCAACCACUCCAAAACCAUCCUCCACCACCUGGAAUCCAUAAUCAACGACACGAUGCACCAGGACUUCGAGAACUCGGCCUUCCACAGCAACGGCGCGCCGAAGCACCUGGACCCGCAGCAGGAUCGGCAGGCCCAGUUCCAAUCCUUCGUCUCGUUGCGGAACCUGAGCUGGAACGAGGUUCUGAGGAAGGGGACGAAGUACUACAGCGAGGAGUUCAGCAAGUUCUGCGACCAGAGGAUGAGCUGCAUCAUCGCGGUGCUGAACUGGACGCGGCCGUGGCCGGAGCAGCUGCUGCAGGCGUUCUUCGUGGCGGCGAAGUGCGUGUGGCUGCUUCACCUGCUGGCGUUCUCGUUCGAUCCGGCGAUCGGGAUCUUGAGGGUGGAGGAGGAAAGGGGGUUUGAUCCGAGGUACAUGGAGGAAGUGUCGAGGGAAAGGGCGGGAAAUGGUGGUGGUGGUGGUUCGAGCAAGGUGGUUAAGGUUAUGGCGAUGCCUGGGUUUUAUGUUCAAGGGAGGGUUUUGAGGUGUAAGGUUCUGUGUAGGUACAAGGGUUCUUAUGGUCACUCCGGUGGUGUUAACGUUUCUAGUUGAAAUCACGUAAAUUUGGUGUUAAUAUUUGAUGUUUCGUGUUCGAAUUUAUAUGGCGAAUUUGUGAUUUUCUUAAAGAUUGUUUUGAUACAUUAUAAACUGUUAUUAUGAAUAACGAAAGUUAGUAUCUCAAUUAACUUAUGGAUUCAUGAUGAGUUUGUUGCUAUUAGUUGAAUAUAAAUUAUUUGUUGUCGGUUAGAAGUUACGGAGGGCUUCCUAGAGAAGGUGUUGUUAUAUAUAUAUUUUUUCAAUUUUUGUAAGCUGUAUAUCCCCAGAUAUAAUGAAACUGGUAUCUCCAACCAUUAUAUUACUAGCUAACACACAUCAUAUUAGUAAACCACAUAAAUUUGU